GCCGGCGUGGUCGUCGGCGGGGCGGCUGGUUCGGCUCACAGGCAUCCCGCUUGUUCCCGCGUCGCUGAGCUGGGGGAUCACCCGACGGAAGAUGGGGGCCGUGGUCACCAGACGCUUCCUAGAGUGCCUGCUGGGCCUCUACUUCCUCUCCCACAUCCCCAUCACCCUGUUCGUGGACCUGCAGGCGGUGCUGUCACCCGAGCUCUACCCGGUCGAGUUUACAGACCUGAAGAACUGGUAUUCAAAGGAGUUCAAAGACCCUCUGAUGCAGGAUCCCCCAGUGUGGUUCAAGUCCUUCGUGUUUUGUGAGCUUGUGUUUCAGCUACCUUUCUUUCCCAUUGCAGCAUAUGCUUUCUUCAAAGGAAGCUGCAGGUGGAUUCGCACACCUGCAAUCAUUUACUCCGUUCACACCAUAACAACUUUAAUCCCAAUUCUCUACACGAUUCUACUUGAGGAUUUCUCCAGAGCCAGUGCUUUCAAAGGACAAAGACCCGAGACGCUCCGGGAACGACUGACCCUCAUCUGUAUCUACGCCCCCUACUUCAUCAUCCCUCUCAUUCUUCUAGUUUUCAUGUUGCGGAACCCCUACUACAAGUAUGAGGAGAAAAGAAAGAAAAAAUGAAGGAAACAGCCCCUAGUCCAGUGGGGGAGAUGGUCUCAGUGCAGUUUCCUUGGACCCAAUGUAAGAAAAGCAGCUCUGAACCCAUGUCUUCAGUAGCACGUGAAACAUCACCAGCAAUAUGUAAGAACAAGACUGAGACAAAAGCCAUGCCACCCUCGCCUUUCAAGGGCACUGCAAUGAACUGACCAAUCAGCAGGGGCAGGCUAGGACAGGAGUGGACCAGAUGAUAGCAAAGUGGUGCCAAAUACCUUACUGUUGUCCAAGCUCCAUCUCAGGAGCAGACUGGAAGCUGGCUGAGCUUCCACAUAACAUGACCUGGUUGACAAGUUCCUGAGUCACAUGACCCAGAAUGUACACAUUUCACUAAACCCUUCAUGAAAUGAACUUUGAUGUUUCAGGACAUUUAAUGUCAGAAGUUAUGCCUCUUUAAUGGUCAUGAAAAUUUGAAUCACGUUUUCUUACAAAAGGUUUUAGCUUAAUUUUUUUUCUUAGCCUUCCUGCUCUAAGUCAGAAAUGGGUUAAAGUAGAAGGUGUUUCUAUAUUGUGUGCACCUAGGGUCUCUGUAGUAAUGUCCAGUGUUCCAUUAAGUCUCUAAACCUGUCCUGGAAGCCAAGCCUUAAACAAAACCAGACAAUAUACAUCCCAGCCAAUUCCAUUUUGUUCACAAGCUGUGCUGCAUUAGUUGGUAUUGUGUCUGAUCCAAAUAAAGGUAGCUGCUGACUGCUGA